GCUGAUUCGCGAGCACACGCCGCGGAGAAGCUGUGGCUGCCCGCUCGCGGAGGCUGGAACGAGAAGCGCGGCGAGCCCCACACGAGGCUGUUGCAAUUCGGACAUCAUGGCGGCGGCUGGAAGCAGCGCCCACAGCGGCAGCAGCGACAUGUCGAGCAUCAGCGAAGAGGACAGGAUGAAGCGGCUCUUCCAGAGCUGCGACGGGGACGGAGACGGGUACAUCAGCAGAAAUGAUCUGCUGAUGGUAUGCCAACAGUUGAGGAUGGAGGACUCUGUGACCGAGAUCAUGGACCAGAUAGGAGCGGACAAAUCGGGCAAAAUCUCUUUUGAGGAUUUCAAACGCUGCCACAUGAAGCUGCAUACUGAAAUCCGCAAAGAGGAAGGAGAGCUUUCGCUUAAAUCAGACAAUUUGGAUAAGAAGGCUCUCCAGGAUAACACCUCUUGCUGGCCUGCAAGCAGCAACAACAGUUUGGGAGUGUUGUCUGGGAUGACUGACAGGUGGAAACAUGAUUUUGUCGCUCAAGACCUGCAGAGUCCAGACCUUCAACAGCAGCAGCUGUGGCCGCAGUCGAGCUUCCAGAAGUUGCUGGAACAACAGGGCCAUGUACAGGAAGAACAGUGUGCCCUCCACAAGCUCUUGUCUCCUCCCAGCAUCUGCUGCCCCUCUUUGGAGACUAACUACAUGGAGCUAGGAAGCACCUGUGAGCACUCUCACCUGAUGCACACGCAUAAGGAGGUGCAGGAACAAAUGACGAUGCGCUAUGAGGAGAGGAUCACAGAGCUGCACAGUAUCAUUGCUGAACUCAACAAGAAGAUCGACUUGCUGCAGGGUGCUGCUAUCAGGGAGGAGGAUGAACUUUCUGAGCUUCGCUCUGAGCUCAGCCACAGCCAGCAGGAGAUGAACGAGGAUGAGCUGAGUGUAGAUCAUGGCCAGAACUCGUCUUCCAUGCAUGAGGACCAAACUUCUCGGAUUGCUGCAGACAUGGAUAACUGCAGCGACCUGAACUCUGAGCUGCACAGAGUUCUGACUGGCCUAGAAAGCGUGUUGUGUGGCCGCAAGGAGAGAGUGUGCAGCCUUUCUGUGGCCGAGGUGGACCGUCAUAUCGAGCAGCUCACCACUGCCAGUGAACACUGUGACCUGGCCAUCAAGACUGUGGAGGAAAUCGAGGGUGCGCUGGGCCAGGACUUCUACCCAAGCAUUUCAGAGGAGCACCUUCGCUGGGAGAAAGAGCUUGCAGGACUACGGGAGGAGAAUGACAGGUUGACUGCCAUGCUGCUUAGCAAGGAGGAGGACCUGAAAGUCAUCAAAGUGACCUUAAAUUCCACCCGUGAAGAGUGUGAGCACCUGAGGAGACGGGUUCGAGAGCUGCAGAUGCGCUUCCAUAAUGUCCAAGUGGACAGUCACUGUAGUCCCAGUCGGCCAUCCCUGCUCAGCCGUCCCAUGAACCCUAGUGCUGGUGAGAUCACAGGCAACAGCAGCGAUGUUCCAGUUGCAAAGCUUGCAGAACGUGUAAAGAUUUCCAAAACUCGAUCUGACACAACAUCCAAUGAGAAGGCCGUUCUAGGCUCAGAAAUAAGCAGCGUUGGGGUGUCCAGUAAUGUUGCAGAGCAUUUAGCCCAUUCGUUGCAAGACUGUUCAAACAUACAGGAAAUCUUCCAUACACUCCACGCUCAUGGAUCUGCUCUUUCUGAGAACCAGAUCAGGGAGUUUGAGGUGGAGACUGAACGACUGAACAGUCGAAUUGAUCACUUAAAGUCCCAAAACGACUUGCUGGCCAUCACACUGGAAGAAUGCAAAAGCAAUGCAGAGAGGAUGAGUAUGCUGGUGGGAAAGUACGAGUCUAACGCAACAGCUUUACGUCUUGCCCUCCAGUACAGUGAGCAGUGCCUCGAGGCCUACGAGAUGCUGCUCACGCUGGCAGAGACCGAGCAAAGCCUGGUGUAUAAGCAGUUCCAAGCAGCACAUCUGGGGACUCCAGGAGAAGAGUCACAUGAAAACAGUGUCCCUCAGAUCCUCAAACAGGCCCAUGUGUGCCGUAAAAUGGCAGAGAACGCUGCCAAAGACUUGCUGUCCAGGCUGGAUGGAAGCUGUGGGGGAACAUUUGCUAUGUCAGGUUGCAGUGUUCAGCCUUGGGAGAGUCUGUCGUCCAACAGCCACACCAGCACCACCAGUUCAACCACCAGCAGCUGUGACACAGACUUUACAAAGGAGGAUGAGCAACGUCUGAAGGACUACAUCCAACAGCUCAAGAAUGACCGGGCAGCAGUAAAGCUCACUAUGCUUGAGCUUGAGAGCAUCUACUUUGACCCCGUCAGCUAUGAUGUUAAGACACGUAGUGACUGCCAGCGGCUGGACCUGGAAAAUGCCGUUCUAAUGCAAGAGCUUAUGGCCAUGAAGGAGGAAAUGGCAGAGUUGAAAUCACAGCUGUACCUCCUAGAAAAAGAAAAGAAAGCCCUGGAGCUGAAGCUCAACACGCGAGAGGCCCAGGAACAGGCUUACUUGGUGCACAUUGAGCACCUCAAAUCUGAAGUUGAGGAACACCAGGAGCAGUGCAAGUGGCCACUCACCUCAACAGACAGCACCACGGACUCUGGGAAGGGAGGUUUGCCUGCUGUCAAACUGGAUGAUCUGCAAAUACUCAAUGAAAGCAGUUUGACUACAGACCUCACUAAUGCACUCCAGCGGGAGAAAAAAAUCAAAAGUCGGGUCCAGGAACUAGUUGCGGCUUUGGAGAAACUGACCAAGAGCAGUGAGAUUCGACACCAGCAGUCUGCAGAGUAUGUCAAUGACCUGAAGAGAGCAAACAGCAACCUUGCGGCAGCAUAUGAAAAAGCUAAGAAAAAGCAUCAGAACAAGCUGAAAAAGGUGGAAUCGCAGAUGAUAGCCAUGGUGGAGCGACAUGAAACCCAAGUUCGAAUGCUGAAACAGAGGAUUGCCCUACUGGAGGAGGAGAAUUCACGACCUCAGACGAAUGAAACCUCACUUUGAAAUGGCAUCUGACAAUUGUCACUUCAGGAAUCUCCCAUGUUUCUCUCACCAGCUUGUGUCGUCUGGGACACUGCCCUGUAUUUGAAGGUCACAUCAUUAAUGCAUUGUCUUCAUGAGCCAAAUGUCCUUUCUUUUGCUCAGACCAAAGGAAACUUGUUUUUUACAUGGAAUUUUCAAAUGUACAAAAAAUAGUUUAUAUAGCUCACAAAAUUUAAACAGCUUAAGCAUUUAUGCAUAACAGUUUAUGCAUUAACAUCUCGUAUUUUUGCUAUUUUACAGAAAGCUCUACCGUUUCAAAAUUUAGCAGUGAUCUUUUCCCUUACUUUUCACAAAGUACCCCAUUAUGUCUGCUGGAGUAUCCAAAUACAGGCAGUCCCCGAAUUACGAACCAGUUCCAUGUCCU